AUGAAGCUCUAUGUCGUUCUCGCCACCCUGAUGGCUUCCGCCAUGGCGUAUGAGGCUGUCAGCACACCGCCUUGCGAAAAAUAUGAAGUCUUUCUCGAGUGCGGAUCUGCGUGCCACCCUACCUGCGAGACCUUCGGAGAGCCGGUCGAAGUUUGCACAGCGCAGUGUGUUUCAGGAUGCUACUGCAAGGAGGGAACCUUGCGAGUUGAGAGCGGAGGUUGCGUUCGAGAGAAGAAAUGCAAGAAACCCGAUGGCUGCCCGGCUCCAAAGUAA